CGGGUCCACUUGUCCUCUCCACUCACACUGCAGGUGUUUCAACGAGCAGAGGAAUCGCACACCCACGAGGACACGUCCCAGACAGCAAAUAUGGUUAAAGUUGGUGUUAACGGUUUUGGUCGUAUCGGCCGUCUGGUCACUCGUGCAGCUUUCCAGUCCAAGAAAGUCGAGAUCGUGGCCAUCAAUGAUCCUUUCAUUGACCUGGAUUACAUGGUGUACAUGUUCAAGUAUGACUCCACCCACGGUCGUUUCCAUGGAGAGGUGAAGGCUGAGGGAGGACACCUGGUGAUUGAUGGCCAUAAAAUCAUAGUGUCUGCCGAGAGAGACCCAGCCAACAUCAAGUGGGCUGAUGCUGGAGCAACCUAUGUCGUUGAAUCCACUGGAGUUUUCACCACCAUUGAGAAAGCAUCCCUUCACUUGAAGGGUGGCGCUAAGAGGGUCAUCAUCUCUGCCCCCAGCGCUGAUGCCCCCAUGUUUGUCAUGGGCGUCAACCACGAGAAAUACGUCAACUCCCUCAAGGUUGUCAGCAAUGCUUCCUGCACAACCAACUGUCUGGCUCCCCUUGCCAAGGUCAUUCAUGACAACUUCGUCAUCAUUGAAGGCCUGAUGAGCACAGUUCAUGCCGUCACAGCCACCCAGAAGACAGUGGAUGGCCCAUCCGGCAAGUUGUGGAGAGAUGGCCGUGGUGCCAGCCAGAACAUCAUCCCCGCCUCCACCGGUGCCGCCAAGGCUGUGGGCAAAGUCAUCCCUGAGCUUAAUGGUAAGAUUACUGGUAUGGCCUUCCGUGUCCCCACUCCCAACGUGUCAGUGGUCGACCUGACUGUCCGUCUGGAGAAACCUGCUACGUAUGAUGCCAUUAAGAAGGUGGUGAAGGCUGCAGCUGAUGGACCCAUGAAGGGCUUCCUGGGAUACACUGAGCACCAGGUGGUGUCCUCAGAUUUCAAUGGCGAUACCCGCUCCUCCAUCUUUGACGCUGGCGCUGGUAUUGCACUUAACGACCACUUUGUCAAGCUGGUCACAUGGUAUGACAAUGAGUUUGGGUACAGCAACCGCGUCAUCGACCUGAUGUCGCACAUGGCCACCAAGGAAUAGAGUUAACCUUGCACUUUACAUAUACUGACCUGCUCCCCCACCACCCCCCCACCCCCAGUUGGAUGAGUGGAUAUUUCUGCUCGUGUGUCUGACGAGGGGGAGGAAGAAGAGCGGCAGCAUUCUGAAUCUGGUGACCAACUUCAUUUUUGUACUGGAAAGGCCCUGUUCUGUUCUAAUGUGAGCUGGAGCAGAAUGGCUUCGGGUCUGUUUGCAUGGACGUGCUGCAGACUUGGAGAGAAAAUAAAAGUCCUCGGUUUGUGAGAA